AUCAAGAAUAGCGGCAUGGAGGACGUUUCGGACAUAUUCAUUGCCGCGGUGAUUGACGAUGAGGCGCGGAGAAAGGGUCGCGUGAAUGACACGCGGACGAGGGUGGUCUCGAGAGGACUCUCGCGUGCGACGUCAUUCCACAGUACGCGGCUCCCCGAUUCGGUGCCAGAAGACGAGGAAGAAGAUUCUGAUACGCCACCGCCGUCCAGUGUUGAGGACAAGGCGACAUCGCCACGACCCGCAGAGCUAUCAUCGCUCAAAUGGGCAUUCCUCCGACAUUUAUCUUUAGCCGACAACGCGCUCACGUUCUUACCAACGACGCCGUUACCCUUCCUCACGUCCCUUACGCAUCUCGACCUCUCAUCCAACCUCCUGAUCUCCAUCCCGCCCGGCCUUUCGUCCCUCUACAACCUCAUUUCACUCAACCUUUCGGACAACAUGAUCGAAUCUGUACUUGGCAUCUAUACCGUGCUGGGACAGAUUCUCCACCUGAACCUCUCACACAAUAGGCUGGAGUCUAUCUGCGGUCUAGAGAGGUUGCUUGCGCUGGAGCGCGUGGACCUGCGGCACAACGUCAUGGAGGAGAGUGCAGAAGUAGGAAGACUAGCGACACUGCCAAACAUUGCUGAGGUAUGGGUCGAGGGCAACCCAUUCAUCGACCUUGAAGAGGGCUACCGCAUACGGUGCUUCGACUACUUCUGGAAGGAGGGCAAGAGCAUCUUACUGGACGGUACAACUCCAGGGUUCUACGAGAAGAUGUAUUUGACCACCGCACCGCCGCAGCAGAUGACUUCCGCCCGUCCACCUUCUGUUGCAUACUCGCCUCCUGUCGUUGCUGUAGGCAGUCCGCGCCUCACCAACGGGUCAUCGCCGGCGACUUCCAGCCCACGCCAGGGCCCUUCCUCGCCUUCAUCUCUGCCGUCGCAUGCUCCCUCACCCCAGAUAGCUCCUGUCCUAGGCAGAGGGCGGCGGAGGAAGAAUAAACGCAUCGUGGACCUGGACGGAGGCGAUGCAAGUGAGGCUGGAAGCUCAAGGAGUGCUUCGCACACCCCCAUGGCUUCGGACGUACGGCCAACCAGUCCAAAGCGUGCAGGGAAGGAGCCGGCGGCCGUUUCAGGAUUGCGCUCGCCCGUCACUCCUGCUGCGAACGAGCCCAUAGCAACUGGGUCAUCGUCUGCAGCUACGCUUCAAGUGCGACCAGUGCCCCGGUCCCGGCAUAGUCGACAUGUCACAGAGUUUGUACCCUCUAAUCGCGAUAUAUCGGACGAAGUCACCCCCGGCGAGUCGGCAUCUGUGCACACGGGAUCCCUGCGCCGGUCUGCGACAAUGUCCAAGUCAACCGCCCGCCGCUCGCGCAUCUCUGCGUCAAUGUAUCAGCCGCCUAGCGAGAGUCGCGACGCCGAGGAUCAGCUCAAGGAAGCCGAAGCCUUCCGGGCUCGGAUAGAGGCGCUGCGUUCCGAUAUGGGUGAGGGGUGGCUGAAGGUGUUCAACCAGUCGCAGCUGGGCUCGUCGGGUGUUACUUCAGGAUGACACAGACUCUCUUCUUGUUUAUGUUAUGAUCAUGGGAUAUAUUCUAGUGUGUGCUGUCUGG